AUGGCCUCCUUCAGAAACACAUUUUCUGAGGAAAAGGCUGAAGGUAGUUUGUUCACCAUUGAAAAAGGUGCUACAGGGCGCAGUGAAAGGGAAGAGAAGAUCCUGCUCCACCACCCAGGACUAUGCCAAGCUGUGGCUAUGCUCCCACCAGCCAGUCGCCUUGUGUCCCUCCUGUUGGUUACAACCAUGGAGGGUGCACUGCCCAGCCCCCAGACACCUCCCCAGGGCUGCUACGUGGCAGAGGAAGCUGGUGAGCGGACAUUCCGCUGCAGCCAGGCAGGACUGAGUGCUGUGCCCACCGGCAUCCCCAACGACACCCGCAAACUCUACCUGGAUGCCAACCGGCUGGCAUCGGUACCAGCGGGUGCCUUCCAGCAUUUGCCUGUCCUGGAGGAGCUGGAUCUGUCUCACAAUGCCCUUGUCCACCUCUCGGGGGCCGCUUUCCAGGGCCUGGCAGGCACUCUGCGUCACCUCGACCUCUCUGCCAACCAGCUGGCCUCGGUGCCCGUGGAGGCCUUCAUGGGGCUGCAGAUCCAAGUGAACCUGUCCGCCAACCCAUGGCGCUGUGACUGCGCCCUCCAGGAGGUGCUCAGGCGGGUGAGACUGGUGCCGGGCACUGGGACUGGCAUUGUCUGUGGCCCCGGGGCCCGACCCGAUCUCGUGGGGCAGGAGUUCCUGUCGCUGGCAGGGGAGGAAGAGCUGUGCGGGACAGGCCGGGGUGGGGCCCAGCGGAGUACUGAUGUGGCCCUGCUGGUCACCAUGGGGGGCUGGCUGGCGCUCGUGGUGGCCUAUCUCUCUCACUAUGUGUGGCAGAACCGAGAGGAGCCCAGGCGCCCCCUGAAACGGGCCCCAGCGCUGCCCGUGCGCUCUGAGGGCUCCUCCACCCUCAGCACCAUUGUCUGA